AUGGCGGGAAAGAAAAGGGAGAAGAAGGAGAUUCCAGCUCGGUCUGAACUCGUCGAUUGUACCCACGCUGUGGCAGGACAUGCCGGAACAAUGUGCGAUGCCGACGGCGAGCUCUUCAUCAAGCCCUGCACGCAACUCGAGGUUGAAUUUUACCAAUCUGCCAAUGCCCGCUACCCCGAAUUUGCAGAGCUCAUGCCCCUUUUCUUCGGCACUCUGAGCCUCAGCGACCCUGCUGAGCUUAGUUCUGCCGACGACGGCAUUCCAGGUCUUGUGGCUGACCCCGACGUCCAAGCCAAGGUUAUCGAGGCUGUCCAAGCCCAGGCACAGAUUCCCGUGGCAGACCCAGCACCCGCAAUCAACGACGGCAUUACGUGGAUACCAAACAAGACGCAAAAGAUCAAGACCGACCAGGCUGUAGUGCUCGAGAACGCCUCGAGCGGCUUCACGCACGCCAACAUUCUCGACGCGAAGCUCGGCCGCCGGCUUUGGGCCGAUGAUGCGCCACAGCAGAAGAAGACAAGAUUUGACAAGAUUGCUUCCGAGACGACGCAUGGUUCCUUGGGAUUUCGCAUCGCGGGAAUGCGUGCCUAUCGCGGCUCGCCCGACAAGGCUGAACUCAACGAAGAGGACUACAAAAUCUACGACAAGGACUUCGGCCGCGACAGCGUCAACACUGACAAUGUCGUCGACGCGUUCCGUAAAUUCGUGUUCAACCCAGACGCUGGCAUAGACGAGGAACUCGGCAAGGCUGUCUGUCACGCCUUUGUUCGCGAGCUGCACAAUGUUGAGGAGGUGCUGUCGGUACACGAGAGCAGGAUGUACUCCUCUAGUCUUCUCUUUGUCUUCGAAGGCGAUGGCGACAAGCUGCGCGAAGCCAUCGAGGCCAACAAUUCCGCUGUCGACCACGUCGAGAACCGCACGGGCCGGAAGGACGAUAAUUUCGGUAGAACCACCUUCCGCGUAGAUAGCGGGAUCGAGCUGAUGGUUGAAGAUAUUGUGCAAGGCGACGAAAAUGACGACAGUGACGACGAGGAUGACGGCCCCUCUCUGCCGAAGAUCUUCGAGCUCAAACUCAUCGACUUUGCCCACGCGCAGUGGACCCCUGGCUUGGGUCCUGACGAGAAUGCGCUGGUGGGCGUGCGGAGCCUCAUCAAGAUCUUCGAAGAGCUGGCGGCAUGA